UGAUAGACUUCUUCGUUGCUUCGGUAUAACUCAAGACCCUGAAACAAAUGAUUAUUUUUUGGUCUCACAAUACGCAAAUGAUGGUGAUUUAAAUCAUUACCUUCGUCAAAAUUUUGUUAAUAUUGAUUGGUGGCAACGUUUAGAAAUAUUAAGAGAAAUUGUAAAAGGUUUAAAGGACAUUCAUGAUGCUAAUUUGGUUCACCAUAAUUUACAUGGUGGUAACAUAUUACGUCAUAUCGAAAAUUCUUCUUCAAAAUAUUUUAUCUCCGAUUUUGGUUUAUAUUUUCCUUCGGAUGCUACGGAAAAAUCUCUUGCUUCUAAAGUUUAUGGUGUAUUACCUUUUACUGCUCCUGAGGUUUUACGUGGUAAUCUUUAUACUAAAGCCGCUGAUAUAUAUAGUUUGGGUAUGCUCAUGUGGCAACUUACUUCGGGUUUACCUCCUUUCCUUGAUCGUCCUUAUGAUUUGGUUUUAGCUAAAGAAAUUUGUCAAGGUUUACGACCUGAUAUUAUUGAUGGUGUUCCUGAUCGUUAUAUAGAUUUAAUGAAUUUAUGUUGGGAUUCAAAUCAAAAUAAUCGUCCUGAUAUAGAUACUAUUUUAAAAUUUUUAUCUUCAAAAAAAGAUUAUUUUGGUCCUUUCACUGAUGCUGAAAAUUUUAGACAAAAAUCUUUGAGUAAAUCUACUCAUAUUGAUUUAGAUGAUUCGUUCAAUUUUCCUUCCUCUAAACUUUUGGAUUUUAUUAAUCUUCCUGAACCUAAAAAUUCCGUUAUUACUUUAAAAUCCGGUAUAUCUGAUACAUCUCUUAAUUCCGUUGAUGGUCCUAAAAUUUCGGAUUCUUCGGAAAAUAAACCACAAGGAUUGGGUGAAAUAGAUCACAGGAAUCAUCAGAUUAAUUUAAGUAUCGACUCUGCUGUCGGUAU